CCCACCUCCUGAGAUGAUCCCUGAGGUAAGUGACAAUAUUACAGCUCAAAAUGAUGAAGUAGAUAUCUCUGCUGGUUAUAACUUACCUUUCAGGCAUAACAGAGGCAAACCACCUGACAAAUACUCCCCAGAGGUUGUGGAGCGACGGUCGAGAUACCCAAUUGCGAAUUAUGUGUCCACAAAGGGUCUAUCUGAACCUCUAAAGACCUUUGUGAGUGAAGUGUCAUCUCACCACAUUCCCACGAGCGUCCAAGAGGCACUAACAGAUCCUAAGUGGGCUCGGGGCAAUAGAGGAAGAAAUGGACGCGUUGUUAAAAAAUAAGACAUGGACUUUGGCUCCACUACCGGAAGGAGCAAAAACAAUGGGCUUUAAAUGGGUUUUUUCUAUCAAAUACAAGACAGACGGAACCAUUGAACGAUAUAAAGCAAGGCUCGUGGCGAAGGGGUACACGCAAACAUAUGGAGUAGAUUAUGAGGAGACAUUCUCACCGGUAGCCAAGCUUAACACAGUCAAAGUUUUAUUGUCGCUCAUAACAAACUUAGAUUGGCCAUUACAUCAGUUUGAUGUAAAAAAUGCAUUUCUCAAUGGCAAUCUAGAAGAAGAAGUCUACAUGGAGAUUCCACCGGGAUAUAUAGCAUCUUCAAAAACACAAGUGGUGUGCAAAUUGCAGCGUGCACUCUAUGGAUUAAAACAGUCGCCUAGAGUGGUUUGGGAGAUUUCGCUUGGCAAUGCUGAAGUAUGGUUUCAGACAAAGUAAUUCAGAUCACACCCUCUUUUUGAAGCAUCGAAUAGGUAAAGUAACAGCAUUGAUUGUAUAUGUCGAUGAUAUGAUAAUUACUGGGGAUGAUACAGAAGAAAUAUCUCAACUUCAAAAACAGUUAGCAGCUGAAUUUGAGAUGAAGAACCUGGGGGGGACUAAAAUAUUUCCUGGGAAUAGAGGCGGCUAGGUCUAAACUUGGCAUCUUCCUCUCACAACGGAAAUAUAUUUUAGACUUUCUAUCCAAAGUAGGAAUGCUAGAAUGCAAACCUGCGGACACUCCAAUGGUACAAAAUCACAAAUUGGGCGAAUAUCAAGACCAAGUACCAACAGAUAAGGGGAGGUAUCAAUGGUUAGUGGGCAAACUAAUUUAUCUCUCUCACACUCGACCUGACAUUGCAUAUUCUGUCAGCGUGGUCAGUCAGUUUAUGCAUUGCCCAAGUGAGGACCAUAUGAAUGCUGUAACCCACAUCUUGCGAUACUUGAAGGCUUCUCCCGGGGAAGGUAUUUUGUUUUCAAAGAACCAUCACUUGGGGAUUGAUGGCUAUACGGAUGCAGAUUGGGCAGGGAAUCUCUCGGAUAGAAGGUCUACUUCUGGUUAUUUCAUGUUUGUUGCUAGAAAUUUAGUUACUUGGAGGAGUAAAAAACAAAAAGUGGUAGCACUCUCAAGUGCAGAGGCGGAAUUCCUUGGAAUGGCUAAAGGACUUUGUGAACUUCUCUGGCUCAAACAUUUGCUAACAGAGAUUGGUUUUGCUCCUACUACAAAGAUGAAUUUGUUCUGUGAUAAUAAAGCUGUCAUCGACAUCUCUCAUAACCCAGUCCAACACGAUAGGACUAAGCAUGUGGAAGUGGAUAGGCACUUUAUCAAAUCGAACCUUGACGCCAAGAUCAUUAGCUUUCCAUUUGUUAAGUCUGAAGACUAGUUAGCAGAUAUUCUUACUAAAGUUGUUUCGAACAAAGACUUUCACAACUCACUUGACAAGUUGUGCAUCAAAGAUAUGUAUGCAUCAACU